CCAACAUUAAAUUCACACAAUCCCCACUAUGUACCGGCCGCUGUGACAAUUACAGCACAGCUGACUGUACAAAUGGGCCGCCGAUUGACGCAUCUUCUGACUCACGGUAACACGUUUUGCCGUCGUUGCCCAACUGCCAGCCGGGAUUGCAUUCGCAGCUGUACGAGCCGUCCACAUUCACGCAGUGGUGCAGACAGCCGCCGUUGUUCCGCAGGCACUCGUCAAUGUCUGUGUUUGCAGAUAAGAAAGAAUAAUGAGGAUAUGGGAAAAGUCGGUGAAAACCCCUCCGGCCAGCCGUUACCCCAUUUUCCGCUCUAA